CAGUUCUGUAGCUUCCUCAUGCUAAGGUUGACUUCCUCAUCUCAUCAGUCUGUUGCAGCCCUUCAUCCUGCACCUUCAAAACCGUUCACCUGAUAACUUGUUUAAUGAACACUUAAACCUCAGCUUCUUCCCUUACAUUUAUACUUUCAUAGCUUUAUAGCGUAUGGGACGGAUCGUAUUUUCUCCAGUCUACUAUGGAUGGGGAGAGAGAGAAGAGGGGUCCUACCUCUAAGACAACUCUGUCUGGGGAACAUGGCCGCCGGAGCAAAGCUAAGAGCCCAGAGCAGCAGCAGAGAGCAUACUCCCCUGGAACCAGACGUGUCUCCAUGAAGAGCAUACGUAACCUGUUCAGAAAAAAGAAGCAAAUUAAUGAACAAGGAAUCCAGCAGGAGAGAGCAGACUCCCCUGGACCCAGCUGUGUCUCCAUGAAGAGUGACCGGUCUAUGGAUCAACCUCAUAGCUUUAAAGAUGGAAAUCAGCAACCUUCUAAGGAAAGGCAACACCAGGAGUGGUCAGAGGUUACCAUUGCUCAGUCUGUACAGCAGCAUCAAACAGAGCUGAUCAAGAGGGCUGAGGAGAACGCACAUGCUUUCCUAGACAAGGAGCUGAAGAAGCUCUGGAGGGAUCUCUUCUCAGAUUACCCACAAUGCUCAGAGAGUCAGAGGGAGGAGGAGGAGGAGGUGGAUGAUAAGAAGGAGGAGCAGAGGAGGCGCGCCAUAGAGGGAGUUGUAAACAUCACAAUGCUCUGCCUGAUGGAGAUGAACAAGAAGGGACUGGCCGACAAACUGUUGAGAGGAUCUGCUGCUGUCAAGUGCCAACAUAAAAUCAAGUCUCAAUUGAAGAAGAAGCUCUGGUGUGUGUUUCAGGGAAUCGCUGAACCUGGACAUUCAACACCUCUGAAUGAGUUCUUCACAGAGAUCUUCAUCACAGAGAGAGGCAGUGGAGAGGUCAACAAGGAACAUGAGGUCAGACUGAUUGAAACAGCUUCCAGGAAACCAGUCAAGGAGGAAACACCAAUCAAAUGUAGAGACAUCUUUAAACCCUUACCUGGACAAGAUAAACCAAUCAGGACAAUUUUGACAACUGGAGUGGCCGGCAUAGGUAAAACCAUCUUGACACACAAGUUCACUCUGGACUGGGCUGAAGGCAAAGCCAACCACGACAUACACUUCACAUUUCUCUUCAAUUUCAGGGAGCUGAAUUUACUAAAAGGGACAGAGUUUAGCUUGGUGGAACUUAUUCAUCACUUCUUUAUUGAGACCAAAGAAGCAGAAAUCUGCAGAUUCGACCGGUUCCAAGUUGUCUUCAUCUUGGAUGGUCUGGAUGAGUGUCGAUUUCCUCUGAACUUCCAGAACAACCCGACCUGGACUGAUGUCACAGAGUCCACCACGGUCGACGUGCUGCUGACAAACCUCAUCAGGGGCAACUUGCUUCCUUCCGCUCGCAUUUGGAUAACAACACGCCCUGCGGCAGCCAAUCAGAUCCCUGCUAAGUGUGUUGACAUGGUGACAGAGGUGAGGGGGUUCACUGACCCACAGAAGGAGGAGUACUUUAAGAAGAGAUUCAAAGACGAGACGCUGGCCAACACAAUCAUCUCCCAUGUCAAGAAAUCACGAAGCCUCCACAUCAUGUGUCACAUCCCAGUCUUCUGCUGGAUCACUGCUACAGUUCUGGAGGACUUCUUCAAAACAUCCCAGAUAGGAGAAGAGACGCCAAAGACUGUGACUCAGAUGUACAGCCACUUCCUGAGGGUUCAGUCCAUACAGGGGGACAGGAAGUAUCGUUGGAUAGCUGAAACAGAUCCACACUGGAGUUCACAGAGCAGGCACAUCAUUGUUUUACUGGGAAAACUGGCUUUUAACCAGCUGGAGAGUGGCAACCUGAUCUUCUACGAGGAAGACCUGGCAGAGUGUAAACAUUUUUUCAACGAAGCCUCAGUGUACUCAGGACUGUGCACCCAGAUCUUUAAAGCAGAGUGUGGGCUGUAUAGAGGUGAAAAGGUGUUCUGCUUUGUCCAUCUGAGCAUCCAGGAGUUUCUGGCUGCCCUAUAUGUCUUCUGGUCCUUCAUCCACGAAGGGGUCAAUCUGCUCACAGAAGAACGGCCAACCUCCAGGAAAGGUAACCUCCUCCUCCUCUACCAGAGUGCUGUGGACAAGGCCUUACAGAGUGAGAACGGACACCUGGACUUGUUCCUCCGCUUCCUCCUUGGCCUCUCUCUGGAGACCAAUCAGAUUGUCCUACGAGAUCUCCUGGGACACACACAAAGUAGAUCACUGAUCACUAAGAUUAAACAAGGUCUGCAGGGACAGACAAGAUGUAGCUCACAGACCAACAAGGAAACCGCGUCUUACAUCAAGGAGAAGAUAGAUGGAGAUUUAUCUCCAGAAAGAAGCAUCAAUCUGUUCCACUGUCUGAAUGAGCUGAACGACCAUUCUCUAGUGGAGGAGAUCCAACAGUCCCUGACAUCAGGAAGACUCUCCAGAGUAUGUCUCUCUCCUGCUCAGUGGUCAGCUCUGGUCUUCAUUCUACUGUCAUCAGAAGAGGAGCUGGACGUGUUUGACCUGAAGAAAUACUCUGCUUCAGAGGAGGGUCUUCUGAGGCUGCUGCCAGUGGUCAAAGCCUCCAAAACAUCUCUCCUGGAUGGCUGUCAUCUGUCAGAGAGAUGCUGUGAAGUUCUGGCCUCAGUUCUCAGCUCCAGCUCUAGUCUGAGAGAGCUAGACCUAAGUACCAAUGAUCUGCAGGAUUCAGGAGUGAAGCUGCUCUCUGCUGGACUGGGGAGUCCACACUGUACACUGGAAACUCUCAGGUCAGUUGUCAGCCUCUUCUUCAAACUGGUUAUUUUAGCUUCCAGUAAGUGCUGCUCCUGCCUGAUGCAUUUCUGUUGUGUGUGUGUGUGUGUGUGUGGCUUGUCUGGCUGCCUGGUCACACAGGAAGGCUGUGCUUCUCUGGCCUCAGCUCUGAGCUCCAACCCCUCCCAUCUGAGAGAGCUGGACCUGAGCUACAAUCACCCAGGAGACUCUGGAGCUGCGCUGCUCUCUGCUGGACUGGAGGAUCCACGCUGGAGACUGGACACUCUCAGUGUGGAGCACGGUGGAGUGUGGAGGCUGAAACCAGCUCUAAAGAAGUAUGCCUGUGACCUCACACUGGACCCCAACACGGCCCACAGAGACCUCUCUCUGUCUGAGGACAACAGGAAGGUGACGCGGGUUGGAGAGGACCAGUCGUAUCCGGAUCACCCAGACAGAUUUGACCUCCAGCUCCAGGUGUUGUGUAGAGAGGCUCUGACUGGCCGCUGUUACUGGGAGGUAGAGUGGGAAGGAGGGGUUUAUAUAGGAGUGACAUACAGAGGAAUCACAAGGAGAGGAGGGGGUGAUGACAGCAGGCUUGGAGAGAACAACAAGUCCUGGUGUCUUGUUUGUUAUGAUGGUCGUUACUAUGCCCGGUACAACAGUAGUAGAACAGCCCUCCCUCUCCGACCCGCUGACUCCACCAGAGUAGGAGUGUAUCUGGACCGGCCUGCUGGCUCUCUGUCCUUCUACAGAGUGUCCCCAGGUGGAGGAGGGUCCUCAGACACACUGACACACCUCCACACCUUCUGGUCCUCCUUCACCCAGGAGGACCUCCUCCCGGGCCACCAGGGGGUGCUGCAGCCCCUCAGCCCCUUACUUCCAGCGCCCAUGUGGAUCUGUGUUAACUGUCUGUAG